AUUAUUAUUAUUAUUCAUAAUAGCUCGUCGAUCAAAACGAUCAUGUCGUUUAUCAAUAGUAAAAACACAACCAAGUAUAGAAUCAAAAGAAAAUGAAUCAUUACUCGUUAAUGAUAAUGAUGAUAUCGAUGAAGAAGAUCCACCAGAAUUAUUUCAAUUAGGUGAUAUUUUCUGGGUUCGUGUUGCAGGUAAUCCAUGGUGGCCUGCACUCAUUUAUGGUUCAUAUUACGAAGAUAAUCUUUAUACAAAAAUAGUUAAAACUCCUCGUCGACCAAAGAAACGUCUUUAUUUUGUUUAUUUUUUUGGUCCUGCUUUUGAAUAUGCAUGGACAAAUGCUAAUUCAUUAAUAGCUUAUUCUGGUUUGGAUGAAUUUAUUCGACAAGCUCAAAUAUGUGUACAAAAUGCAACAAAAAAAUCUGAACAAGAAGCAUUAGCAAAUCGUUAUGAACUUAAAGUAACUGCAAAUAAACGAGUUGAUUGGGAUAAAGCUAUUCAAGAAGCUGAUCAAGCAUUUAAAUUAACUCGUGAACAACGUAUAGAAAAUUUUGCUGAAAUAUUAAAGAAUAUUUUAAAUAAAGCAGAAAAAAAUAAUUCAAAUAAAAAACGACAACCUUCUAUCACAACACGACAAUCAAGAAAAACUUUAUCACCAUCUACAAAUAAAUCUUCAAAUCGUUCAUCAGUAAAAAGACAAAAAACAACAUCGACGGUAAUAAUGAUUGGAGUUCAUCGCGUUCAAAAUUUUUCACCAGUUUUUUUUUGUAUUCGGUGA